UUUUGAUAUGAAAUGAGCCCUCAAAUAUUGUGACUUGUGACUUAUAUACAAAGUACAAGUUGCAAAGGACAAUCUCUUUGUAAAGUUGAAAGUAUGAAACUUGGCCACAUGCUAUCCACAUACUAGUAAACACCUUUCACUAUCCAAUCAAUAUACAAUCUCAACUUGAGAUAAACAGUUAAACCAUACAAUUCCACUAAUUUUCCCUCCUUUUCUUCUUCUUCUUCAACUAUCCACAAAAAUGUCAGUAGCAUCGACAUCUUCCUUCCCCUACAUCAAAAUUCAAAAUCCAUCUCCCUCCUCUUCCUAUAAUUUCAGAUUUUCUACACUUACCAUUAGGAGUUCUCAAGCUGAUGGUCCUUUGAGAAGACCUAUGGUUCAACCACCUACCCCUGUUAAACCUGUCCCACCAUCACCAUCAACACCACCUUCACCUUCGCCACUGCCUCCGCCGAAGCAGGUUGCUGUGGAUGCCAAGAAUGUUAUUACUAUGGAAUUCCAAAGGCAAAAAGCUAAGGAGCUUCAAGACUAUUUCAAACAGAAGAAGCUUGAGGAAGCUAAUCAAGGCCCUUUCUUUGGUUUUAUUGGCAAGAAUGAAAUUUCUAAUGGCAGAUGGGCAAUGUUUGGUUUUGCUGUUGGGAUGUUAACAGAAUAUGCCACUGGUUCCGACUUUGUGGAUCAGGUUAAGAUCCUUCUAUCAAAUUUUGGGAUACUAGACUUGGAAUGAAGUUCCUCCAUAUCACAAAAUAUUGCCAUAAGAUAUUCUCCUUUGUAAUUUUGUGUAAAAGAAUCCAAUUGUUUCCUUUAAUUUCCUCACUUGAAUUCUCAAUUUAUAGUUUGAGCCCCUUCAUUGCACUA